AUGUUGUUAUAUACCGACACCGAUGCUAAAUGGUGCAAGGUCUUUCCCACAACGCUGGUUGGAGCAGCUUCGGACUGGUUCACUAAUUUGCAGCCCGGGUCUAUCGAUUGUUUUGAUACGUUAGUUGAAUUAUUCACGGGCCAAUACAUAAGCAACAGUGCGAGGCAGAGAACCUCUGGAGAACUUAUGUCCGUCCGGCAGAGGAAGGACGAAUCACUAAGGGACUUUGUUCGGCGAUUCAAUAAUGAAGCUAAUACCAUACCUAAAUUGCAGCAGGAGAUAGCUGUCAUGGCCUUAAUGAAUGGUUUGGCUUAG